ACCAUCAACCCCGUGGCUUUAUGAAAGACCAAAUCCUCCACAGGCAGCUGUUCGGAAACCAGCCGGGGAAGGAAGGUGAGUGUCACGGAAGAGUCGUCCUACAAGACCGGUUCCUCCCCUUUCCUGCGUCCGCUGUUGCCGAGUCCCUUUCUGGGUCCGAGAGACGACGAGCUCAUCUUCUCCACGCAACCGCGAAGGGACGUGUCUUGUCUCCCACCACGCAGCUCUCUCUGUCUCCUCCUCCUUUAUCCCCAUCUUUACCCUCCCGCACAGAUGCUCCCAGCUGCCCAGCUUGACAGGAGUGAUGGGAUGUGUCAUCUAGAUAAGGACUCCCUGGACGAUGAUAUUGGACUGAAGAGCUUAUCUGACGAGUUUCUAGCAGAGCGAGACACAGUGAGGACAGAGAGGGAGGACGGUCAAGAAGACUCUGAAGACUUGAGAAUGGGCGUGGGGAAGAACACCUCUUCUAAAACGAUGGACAACAGCAGUGAGGCAGGAAAAUAUGAAGAUGAGGUCAAGCAUGAAUCUGACUUCUAUCCCAUUCCAGUGGUGGUGAAUGGGGUGGGUGCUGCCAGUGGAGACCAGGACACGGAAAACACAGAGCUGAUGUCCAUCUACGGCAAAGACGGUCACGGAGCAGAAAAGAGCUCUAUGUCAGAGACAUUGGACAGCACAGACAGUGUGGACGCGAGGAGGAUGGACAUGAUUUACACCAUUGAAGACACGCCACCUUGGUAUCUGUGCGUGUUUUUAGGCAUGCAGCAUUAUUUGACCUGUUUUAGCGGAACCAUCGCUGUGCCGUUCCUCCUUGCCGAGGCCAUGUGUGUGGGCUUUGACCAGUGGGCCACCAGCCAGCUCAUCGGGACCAUCUUCUUCUGUGUCGGGAUCACGACCCUUCUCCAAACUACUCUGGGCUGCAGGUUGCCCCUCUUCCAGGCCAGUGCUUUUGCUUUCCUCGCCCCGGCUCGGGCCAUUCUGUCGCUGGACAAAUGGAAGUGCAAUAGUACAGAUAUCCCCUCUAUGAACAGCACAGACCUCCUCCAUACCGAACACAUCUGGCACCCCAGGAUACGAGAGAUCCAGGGGGCCAUCAUUGUCUCAUGUCUGGUUGAGGUGUGCAUUGGCGCUCUGGGUCUCCCAGGAAUUCUUCUCAAGUACAUUGGACCUCUGACCAUCACUCCCACGGUUGCACUGAUCGGGUUGUCGGGUUUCCAGGCUGCGGGGGAGAGAGCAGGGAAGCACUGGGGUGUGGCGAUGCUGACCAUCUUUCUCGUGCUGCUCUUCUCCCAAUAUGCCAGGAAUGUUCACUUCCCUCUGCCCAUCUAUAAAGCCAAGAAGGGCUGGACCUCCUACCGACUGCAAGUUUUCAAAAUGUUUCCGAUCAUCAUGGCCAUACUGGUGUCAUGGCUGCUCUGCUUCAUCUUCACGGUGACGGACGUUUUCCCGCCUGUGAAGGACAAAUACGGUUUCUACGCACGGACCGAUGCUCGGCAAGGGAUCAUCGCAGCUGCGCCAUGGUUCAAGAUCCCGUACCCCUUCCAGUGGGGUUUCCCCACCGUCUCUGCUGCUGGUGUGAUCGGCAUGAUGAGCGCUGUUGUGGCCAGCAUCAUAGAAUCCAUUGGAGACUAUUACGCCUGCGCCCGACUCUCUUGUGCCCCGCCUCCUCCAAUUCACGCCAUCAACAGGGGGAUUUUCAUAGAGGGGCUGUCUUGUGUGCUUGAUGGGCUUUUCGGGACAGGAAAUGGAUCCACUUCCUCCAGUCCAAAUAUAGGCGUACUGGGAAUCACAAAGGUGGGCAGUCGCCGUGUGAUCCAGUAUGGCGCAGCCAUGAUGCUGCUCCUGGGCCUCAUCGGUAAAUUCAGUGCCCUGUUUGCCUCGCUGCCAGACCCUGUUCUUGGAGCACUCUUCUGCACCUUGUUCGGGAUGAUCACCGCUGUGGGACUCUCCAACCUGCAGUUCAUUGACCUCAACUCAUCCAGGAACCUGUUUGUCUUGGGAUUUUCCAUCUUCUUUGGACUGAUGCUGCCCAGCUACCUCAAGGAGAACCCGCUGGUCACUGGCAUCGUUGAGAUUGACCAAGUGUUGAACGUGCUUCUCACCACAGCCAUGUUUGUCGGAGGAUCAGUGGCUUUUAUCUUGGACAACACGAUUCCUGGAACUCCUGAAGAACGAGGCCUGCGAAAGCUCAAACGUGGCACCCGCCUCAGUGCAGCAGAGCUGGAGGGCAUGCAGUCAUACGACCUUCCGUUUGGAAUGGACUUCAUCCGGAGACACCCCUUCUUCAAGUACAUCCCCAUCAGCCCCACCUUCACUGGGUACCAGUGGGGCAGACUACGAGACACCUGCCGGAUGGGACAGGGGGAUUCUGGGAGAGCAGGGGAAAGAGACAAUGGAUCAGGGGAGAGCCGGGUAUAGCCAAAGGUGCUGGAGCGGGAGAUGCAGGUUUCUGGCUGCUAUCGGGGAGCAGGGGGGGUUUGUUGGAGAUGAAAGGAUGGGAGAUUGGAGGACAGGGAAACGGUGCAGGAUGUGGGUGAAACCAUUCUGCACCAGCUCCUGUCAGUAUUCGUUUAGUUUACCUAGUCACGUCCCACUAUGCUGUUUUAAGCAUGCUCCAGCAAGACAAGCAUGCUAUUAAGAUGUGGAGACAUCUGUGUGUGUGUGUGUGUGUGUGUGGUGUACUUCCAGUCUUGGAGAACGAGAAUCAGGCCCCAAUUUCACUGCCUUCCUCAACUGAAAUGGACCGAAAAUUACGUUUUGCCAAUUGAGCAUUAUGCAAAUGAACACAUGACAGGGCGCACACGCACGCACACACAGUCCACACUAGGCGCAUGUGAAAGUGGUUUCGUCAGGUGCCCGAGGCGUCGCACACUGAUUGUUGAAUUAGAUUUUGCACUCUUCCUCCUCAGUUCAGAAAAGAAUGUCAGUGGAGAAGCGUUUUCAAGGCCAUCUCAUUUUUCCUGGAAUGGCAACUCAGAAGUCCAAAAUAGAGACAUGACCUGGAAUUCUCGACCGUUGUCUCUCGUAUUCUUUUUACUAGUGCUGGAAGUGAUAGUUGUGAAGUUGUUUCCGCAGUAAUUCGGCUGAUGAUUGACAGAACUAUCUCAUACACACAAGGUCGCAAAAUGUCACUUAAAAUUGCACAAAACUUGAUGUCAUCAAAGGUGAGAAAUGACCAGCACAUUAAAAGACAGUCGGUCAUAAUUAUUGAUUAUGGACGACCUGAGACUUUGAUUUGAUCAGUUGUCAUCGUGCCACGACCCAUCUCAUUCUACCUCCCCCCACCCCCACACUCCUGUCACCUCUGUGGUUUGCUGCAGCUGGUCUUGUCUGGGGAGCUCACUGAGGAACACUGAGUUGGAUCCCACCGCGUGCCUCGUCGUGAGUCCUUAUCGCUGAUCAGACCUGGAGCUCAGCUUGUGACAAAUCAGAACUAAAAUGGCUAAAGUGGAGGUCCAAAGUGAUUAUGUACCAAAAACCUUACGUGUCCAUUCACAGUUGCUGAACUGUUAAUCUCCCUCUAAACAUGAUGUCAUCAGAAACGGUGUCAUCGCUGCCUGGUGGGACCUGGCCAACGUGGCUCUCUGCCUCAUGGGUCAUUGCAGCUGUCGGACCUGCUGCGUUUCAGUUUGAAUACUCUCAACCCUCUCCUCACGUGGAGAUGUUACAGUAUCUCAGGCUCUGUUCAUUAAAAUUGUCGGGAUAUGAUGUUAAUCUACAGUGGUGAUUCUCCACAAAAUGUCUACUCUAGUGUGAGUAACUAGCUAACUUAAGUAAGAAAUCGUUCAUUUACAAAUUCACAACUCGCCUUUGUGUCUCUUUUGCUUCUAUAUACAUCUAUAUUUAUUUAUUUAUGUGAAGAAAGAUGCUGUGUCGUUUAUUUGAAGCAGCUUGAUGUGUCUCUUGCACAAAGAUGAAAAUAUACUUGUGUUUACGCCCAGUAAAGAUUAUCGGCAAGCUUGCACCGCACGACUUUGAAGAGAGAAUUCACUCUUCAUUGGUGGGUUCAACUGUGGACAACAGAUCGCAGUGGCAGUUCUCAAAGGUUAUCGAGACAAAAACAGUUUUUUUUGCUGCACCGCGAUGAAACGAUAAAAAUUAUAACAUACUGUCACAUGAUUUAAAAUACUUCUUACCUUUGAUUCGACCUCUCGUCUGCGCCUCCUCUUGUAGAUAGCAAAUCUUACAUUACAUAUAUGACCUCAGCGUCGAACAUAGAUACUGCAAACAAUUUGAAUUUGAAGACAUUGUUUAGUAGUAAAUUACAUUGUUAAAUUAUUUAUUAUUUCAUGACUUUUUUUUUAUUCUAAAUCCUAAAUGUAGGUAAGAUAAAAGACACAAGAAGAAAUGUUAUUUGUGAAUAUUACAGAUUCUAAUGAAAACUUAUUAUACAAAAUAUAUGUAUAUAUUUAAAACUGAAACAAAACAUGGGUGAGGUAUGGAUAUGUGGGAAAUACAAAAUCUACUAUAGAAGAAGCAAAACAGGCAAUAUUUUUCAGAAAGACAUGGGGGCAAGUAAAAUAUUUAUCAUUCUCAACAUUUUUAAAGAGACUUCAUAAAUGUAUCCUGGAUUUUGCUUUUUGUAUGUAUAUAUAUAUAUAUUUUUUUUUUGGUUCUGAGUUGUGACAUUAACAAGCACACAAAGAUAAAUACCAAGUACGGAAUGAUAAACAUCAAAUUUAAACACAAUUAUUUGCUUUGUCAUUUCCAGUUGUUGUACUUGUGAUGAAGAAAAGUUAUUUUCAGACAGUGUUAGGAUAUUGCAACUUUCAGGUUUUUGUUUUAAUGUCUAUACACACACACACACACACACACUCUGGAGUUGGCACUUAUAGACCCCAAGUUUGUAUCAGACUCUUUCUCAUGUCAAAGUCGUGCAGUGGCUAGAAUCACAACGAAAUGACCGACCCCUCGAAAACUUCUCUAGAGCAUUGAUAUCGACCACCGCGUUCGCUACUUCAAAUCCAUUCCAUCAUCUAUUACUGAUCAUGUGUAAUUGCAGCUUGGUUGUAACCUCUGGGCCUUUUAUUUAAUGUUUAUUUGUACACAUAAAGGUGCCAAGAACAUUGGGAUCACAUGACCUGGUGUGUAUUAUACCGUACACACGGCAGUGAUGCUGAUAUGCACACACACUGCCCAGUUAUAGCCUGAGCGUAAUGGUUCUCAGGACUAUUGUGGAACUGCUGCUCUACGACAUCGCUCCUGUUUAGGACUGCCCACAUCGACGUGAAACAACCCAGAUUGUAGCCGAUUUUGAAAACCAGAAAAGCAGAUGAGAGAAGGCAACAUGGCUGAUCUUCAAGAAAUGAACCGUCUUUGACGGGCCACUUCAAAACCUUAAAAUGUAAAGAUGGUGUUUUUCCAGAAGCAAUCGGGUGAAAGAGUAGUUGAUCUGGGUGGUGCUAAACUUGUGGCUUCAAGAGCAGGUAUGAACAAAUGUUUCUCUUUGUAUCACGUCAAAUGUUUUUCACCUCAUUAAUCACCUCUACAUCUCUUUCCUUGUACACGUUUAUGUAUCUCAACCUUUCCUCUCCUGUGGACGUGUUCACCAUGUCCUCUCACUUGUAGAGUUUCCUCCCUGGCAAUGAUCUUGUUUGAUGCAUCAGAUGGCCGUCUUGUUAAGAGCCGCUGGCGGCUGUUGUCUUCUUACUCAACAGCAUCGGUGCCGAAGGCUGCUUCCUCGUCUGGUAUGAUCGUAAUUUUAGAUGAAACACUUUGACGAUAAGAACUGGCUUUUGUUACCGUUGCGAUGGCUCUUAAGAAGAUGGCCAGAGGGUGUAACUCUUAUCCCUUUCAGUUGUUUUGAAGGGGCUGCUAGAUUCUACAUUUGGUGUAACACGUGUGUUAUCUUUGGAAAGAAAUGUUUUUAUACAUAUACAUACUUUUGUGUUGUUUUUGCAAGCAAAUAUUUGUAAGGAAUAAAUCAAAACUUUUAAUCUUAAUGCCGCUGGAGACGCACGCUUUGUUUUUCUAAUGAUUUCAUGCAUAAUCCUGUCAACAAUGUUUUUUAUUCAGUUGUUGCUACCUGUUUUGAUCCAAUCAAACGAGCCGAAGGACGGUGUGAAACAAAUUAUAUUACAGUGUACUUAACAGACAUCCUGAAAGGUUAAAUUUUGUGAACUAAUCGUAGCAGAAAAGUGUUUUUUUUUCUAGAAAUCUAUUUCAUAAGACGUUACAGAAUGUAUGCUGUCUUUUGUUUUCAUUGAUGGCUCAAUCUGCUGUGACUUGUUUUCAAAACAUAA